AUGAUGAAUUUUGUUUAUUUGCUUCCAUUAUUUUUUAUUUCUUGCGUAAGUGCUGGUGAUGUAUCAAUUAAUGUAUGCAAUAAACCACUUCCGCCACCAGCAGUACCGGUGCCUCAAAAUGGAGCGCCUCAACAAGCUCAAGAACCUCAGUAUCGUCCAACCGUCGAUCCAAAUCUAUGUUUGGACUUGGACCCAGCUUGUUUAGAAGUAUUUAAUUUACAAGAGGCAGUGCAAACAAUUCCAGCGCAACUUGAUCCGUAA